AUGGACGUACGACUAUCUCCUCCUGUUCUCUACGGAGGUUACGAACAUCUGGUCAAGAAGAUGGACCCUCGUCGAAUCUCUCUACCUCAUUGUGCGUAUAAAUUUGUUGGGACCAGCACGGAUGGUUCGCUGACCGAAACGCCAGACCUCGCCUCCCCGAAUCUCAAGUUUUCGAAAUCUCCCUCUUUUGCGUCCCCAGCUAACGACGACCAGUUGCCAAAGCGUGGAGCUCGUCGCCUUUGUGCUUCGAGAAAUCGAAAUGAUCACCUCGACAUGGCUCGUCACACUCCGAGUCGUCAUUCUCUGGCACCACAUCAAAGUCCUUCGCUGGAUCAUAUGGAUCGCCUUCAUCAUCAUGCACAUUGCGAACGCGACGAUGGGCGCCUUGACCGUCCAAGAACCGUUUCGUACACCCUCUACACGGAUGGCGUCCUAUGGUUCCUGGGCAUGAUUGUCGUUCGCUUAUGGGCAGGUUUAACUGUACGCACACGCUCUCUCUACCCAUUCAAAGUGCUCACCCUUUGUUUGCAGGUCAUUGUGGCACCCCCUACGUACUGGUGGAUGACGGUCACCACCGACGUGGCCCUCACCUCUAUCUUCGUCUCUCGCAUGGUCCUACACUUGCGCGUCGUUGCAAGUCCGCACGGUACGCUCGUGAAUGGUGGUGCAGCUGGCAGUAGUAGGGGCCGCACCACGUCCCGGUACUCGGGUGAACCCGUGUUUACGGCCGCGACGAUUAGCACGGCGACGAAACCGGCGAGCUCGACCGCUGCUAUGGGUCACCACCACAACCAACACCAUCAUCCUCAUUAUCGGAGGAGUGAGGUGGAGGUGGAUAGGUUGGUUCGGGAUUCAAUGUGGACCGUGCAGACGAGGGAGGAAUGGGAUGAAGGGGGUGCAAGAGACCGAGGUGGUCGUAGGCCGGACGAAGAGAGUUGGGAGAUGGAUGUCGUUCGGCGGUGA